AUGCGCUCGAGGAAACUGCGCGAACGAUGGGAAGCAGAAGAGACGCUGUUGGAGUGUCCCACGUACGACUCAUACUCUGUUUCGAUCCCGAAACCGUCGAAACGAGCAGACGUAGAUGGCCAGUGUCGGGGACUUUUUGCAGCUACCUCAUGGGUUACUACCUUCUCGGACGACCGCGUGGAGAUUUUCUGGGUGUUUUUGCAAGCCGAGUCCGAACUUGUCGACAUGCCCAAUCAGACCCGAGCAGAAAAGCUGGCUGAAACAGGCGAGAAGCUUGCAGCUUUGGUUGGGUCGUCCUAUACCGGCCACCAAUGUGGAGCUGUGUCCACUCUAAGUCCAGGCCAGAGGGUCGAUCUCUACUCGCUCCAAAGCACUCCCGGGAAUCCAGUUCGCAACAAAGCUUGGGAUUAG